CCCUGUGCGAUGCGCUUUAAAAAGGGACGGCUCUCCCCCAUGGCCCCAUCCACCUCUCUCCAUCUCCGUCUCCUGCAGCGAGAAACGCACGAGGAGUACGGCGCCUGAGAUCGCAGAGGCUGAAGUUCUUGCGUCCCGCAGCCACUCCACUCCCAAAGGUUUUUGGAGUACAAUUCUUUGUUGUUUGGUGAUUCUCAAAAGGGUAAAUGGGAUCAGAAGGACCUUCAGUUGUGACUGUCCAUGUUACUGGAUUUAAGAAGUUUCAUGGGGUUGCUGAGAACCCGACUGACAAAAUUGUGAGCAAUCUCAAGUCUUUCAUGGAAAAGAGAGGGUUGCCAAAAAACCUUGUACUUGGAAACUGCACAGUUCUCGAAACAGCAGGGCAGGGGGCACUUGGAACAUUACAGAAAGUUCUAGAGUCUGCUAUUGCAGACAGAGAGAAUGGGCCGUCAGCUCAGGGACAAGUAAUAUGGAUCCACUUUGGGGUCAACAGUGGUGCAACAAGGUUUGCUCUUGAGAAUCAAGCUGUUAAUGAAGCCACCUUCCGUUGUCCGGAUGAGCUAGGAUGGAAACCUCAGAGGGUCCCUAUUGUGCCAUCUGAUGGAAGCAUCUCGCGGACGAGAGAGACUACUCUGCCAGUGAAUGAGUUGACAAAGUCACUUCGAAAGAUAGGCUAUGAUGUGAUGCCCUCAGAUGAUGCUGGUCGAUUCGUAUGCAACUACGUGUACUACCACUCUCUUCGGUUCGCAGAGCAACAUGGCAUCAAAUCACUGUUUGUGCAUGUGCCCCUCUUCUUGACGAUUGACGAGGAGGUUCAAAUGCAUUUUGUUGCCGCCCUUCUUGAAGUUCUUGCCUGCUCGAACUAGGAAUAGCAAUUUAAAGGUGUGCUUGCUGAAUCCCUUGUUCCAUUUUAUUACUGCUGGAAGAGCCCAGUGUAAUCCUGUGGUGUUUGGUUGGUUUCUUGGCUGUAUAUCAGCGGUUCAGUUAGAUCUCAAAGAUGUAAAGUUGGAAGCAGACUGAAUAAGAUGGUGUGUUCGUUGAUGAUGUCGAUCUUGCUCCAGAGGGUGUGUCUAAAGGGAAAAAAGGCCGCGCGGAGUGUAUCUUCCUGUGGCCAAAUGUGGCUUGUAUGCCAUCAAAUGUUGUAAACAUGGCUGAAAAGUGGGAACCUGGUUUCAAUAAAAUUGACAAAUCGUUGGAGUGGA